GGGGUCGCUUCACUGAGGAGACUGGGGGCGGCAGUCCCGCCACAGGCUCGGGCCUGCUACAAGGGGAAGGUCCCGGCUGCUGGACAAGAGCCUCCCCUGACCCAUUCCCUCCUCUCAUCCUUCCACGGCGAUAGUGGUGAAGUUGGCGGCGCCAGGCAGGCAAGGCACCAGGCUUCUCCCUUACAUCCAGCUCUUCGCUGGCCCUGUCUCUUGGACACCUGCGCAGCCACCUCCCUUGCCCGCCAAGCCCAUCCGCGGCGGCGGGCGGGGGAGGGGCUUCUUCCCUGCUGGGGCUGCGUCGAACCGAGCUGGGCGACGACGGUGACCUUAGGAGAUUAGGGGGGAGAAGCCAAGAAUUGAGAGUUUUCUUCUGAUUGCAUUGUGCUCAAUUUGGCAGAGACCAUGGCAAUUUGUUUUCUUCUCUCUGAGUGGUGCUGGUGAUUGAGCCCUCAAAAGAAAGCUGCUGACUAAGAAGACCCUCACAUAAAAGUGGAACAGUGUUCCCAGCCUUAUACAUGACUACAAAAAGGUCACUUCAUGGUAGGCCAAAGAAAGCAUAUUUUGGAGAACUCAUGAAGAACAUAUUUCAUCGAAAUCCAUAGGUACUUCCACAGAAAACUAAUGACACAAAAUAUGAGGCCAAUAUUACCCUGAUACCUAAUCAGAGACACAGGAACACUACAAGAAAAAGGAAAACUACAGCCCUUAUAUUAUGGGUGAAGGAACUAAUGUGAGGACUGUCAACUACUAAGUAUAUCCAUCCCAAUUAUACAUUGUGGAGCAGAAAAAGUAACUACAAGAUGGAUUUGAGGACCCACUGGACCCACUGAGAAUGCCAUUCCUCUCCACCCUGUGCUGCCUGAGGUUGCAGGAAGGCUUACAGGGAUUGAACCAGCAUUCUCAGUCCCAUGUGAGAAAUCUGAGACUCAAAAAGAAGAACACAGAUUAGAACUGAAUCCUGCCAGUACAGAUAAGUUGCAUUAUCAUCCAGGCUGGCUCCCUGAACUCCUGGGCUCAAGUGAUCCUCCUGCCUCAGCCUCUGAGUAGUUGGAAAUAAAGUUAUGCACCAUGGUGCUGAGGGACUUGUAACAUAUGAAUAUACAAACCAAACAGGUGAAUUCUUUCACCAUUGCUACCGCGACAUUUUACCACAGAAGAGUACCACUGUACAUAAAUUCCAAGCAGAGUAAAAAGAAAGAAAAAGACCUGAUUAGACCUGAGACUAUCUAUAGAACGGGAUGACGGCCACAGCUGCAGCGGAGACACCAAAAAUGGAGAAAAGUGCCUCCAAGGAAGAGAAGCAGCAGCCUAAGCAAGAUUGCAUAGAGCAGGGCAAUCCUGAUUCUGAAGAGUGGAUGAGCUCUGAGAGUGACCCUGAACAGAUAAGCCUUAAGAACAGCAACAAUAGCUGUAAACCUGGAGAUGGUCAAUUGAAGAAAAAGGAGAUGCCUUCCAAGCCACACCGUCAGCUCUGUCGAUCACCCUGCCUGGAUCAUCCAAGUUUCUCCCAGAGCAGCCUUUUACAGGAUAGUAAGUUCAACUUGGAGAAAGAAUAUCAAGCCAAGAUGGAUUUUGCUCUAAAGCUGGGCUAUGCUGAAGAACAGAUUCAAUCAGUGCUGAAUAAGCUGGGCCCAGAAUCACUCAUUAAUGACGUAUUGGCAGAGCUUGUCAGACUUGGAAACAAAGGUGACUCAGAAGGGCAGGUCAACUUGAGUCUGUUAGUGCCCCGGGGCCCCAGCUCCAGAGAAAGUGGAAGCCCUGAAUUGUCUCUUGAAGAUGAAAUAGACAACAGUGAUAAUUUGAGGCCAAUUGUCAUUGAUGGAAGUAAUGUGGCAAUGAGCCAUGGGAAUAAAGAAGAAUUCUCCUGUAGAGGAAUUCAACUGGCUGUGGAUUGGUUUCAAGACAAAGGUCAUAAAGAUAUCACUGUAUUUGUGCCUGCAUGGAGAAAGGAGCAAUCCCGCCCUGACGCACCAAUUACAGAACAAGAUAUUCUUCGUAAACUGGAGAAAGAAAAAAUUCUUGUCUUCACACCAUCCCGAAGGGUCCAAGGCAGAAGGGUUGUAUGCUAUGAUGACCGGUUCAUAGUCAAAUUAGCUUUUGAUUCUGAUGGUAUUAUUGUGUCCAAUGACAACUACCGAGACCUUCAAGUCGAAAAGCCAGAAUGGAAGAAGUUUAUCGAGGAGCGGUUGCUGAUGUAUUCUUUUGUGAAUGACAAAUUUAUGCCUCCAGAUGAUCCUUUAGGACGCCAUGGCCCAAGCCUUGAAAAUUUCUUAAGAAAAAGACCUAUUGUUCCUGAGCAUAAGAAGCAACCAUGUCCUUAUGGCAAAAAAUGCACCUACGGCCACAAGUGCAAAUACUACCAUCCGGAGCGGGCCAACCAACCCCAGCGUUCGGUGGCUGAUGAGCUCCGCAUCAGUGCCAAACUGUCCACAGUGAAAACCAUGAGCGAAGACACCCUGGCCAAGUGUGGCACAGGGAUGUCUAGUGUCAAAGGUGAGAUGACCUCAGAGGUAAAACGUGUGGCACCCAAGCGCCAGUCAGAUCCCAGCAUCCGGUCUGUGGCUGUGGAGCCUGAGGAAUGGCUGACCAUUGCCCGUAAGCCUGAGGCCAGCUCUGUCCCAUCACUUGUGACUGCCCUAAGUGUCCCAACAAUCCCACCCCCCAAAAGCCAUGCAGUGGGUGCAUUAAACACCCGUUCGGCCAGCAGCCCAGUGCCAGGAUCCUCCCAUUUUCCCCACCAGAAGGCCUCACUGGAGCACAUGGCCAGCAUGCAGUACCCCCCUAUCCUGGUUACCAACAGCCAUGGGACCCCAAUUAACUAUACUGAGCAAUACCCAAAGUUUGAGUCUAUGGGGGACCAUAGCUACUAUUCAGUGUUAGGUGACUUCUCCAAACUGAACAUCAGCAGCAUGCAUAAUAGAGAGUACUACAUGGCUGAAGCAGAUCGGGGCAUGUAUAGUUGGAAUCCCAACUUCUGUCCUGACAGUCUUAUGAGCCACACCAGGAACGACAACUAUUCCUCUUACAACAAUCUGUACUUGGCUGUAGCUGAUGCCCAUCCUGAAGGCAGUUUGAAGCUGCACCGUUCAGCAUCUCAGAACCGUCUUCAGCCUUUUUCUCAUGGUUACCAUGAAGCCUUAACUAGAGUGCAAAGUUAUGGCCCAGAGGAUUCCAAACAAGGACCCCACAAGCAAUCAGUCCCCCACUUAGCUCUCCAUGCCCAGCACUCAGCAACUGGAGCACGCUCCAGCUGUCCUGGAAACUACACCAUGCCUCCCAAUAUUCAUCCUGGGGCAAACUCCCAGCCAGGCCGUGCUCUAGUGAUGACUCGGAUGGACAGCAUUUCUGAUUCCCGACUCUAUGAGAGCAACCCCUUGAGGCAAAGACGACCUCCUCUGUGCCGGGAACAGCAUGCCAGUUGGGACCCGCUGCCCAGUGCAACCGACUCCUAUGGCUAUCACUCCUGUCCCUUAAGUAACAGCCUCAUGCAGCCAUGUUAUGAGCCAGUCAUGGUACGGAGCAUGCCUGAAAAAAUGGAGCAGCUUUGGAGGAAUCCUUGGGUUGGAAUGUGCAAUGAUUCCAGGGAGAAUAUGAUUCCAGAGCACCAAUAUCAGACUUACAAGAACCUUUGCAAUAUUUUCCCUUCUAAUAUUGUUCUUGCAGUGAUGGAAAAGAAUCCCCACACAUCAGAUGCCCAGCAACUGGCAGCUUUGAUUGUGGCGAAACUUAGAGCUGCACGUUGACAUGACACAGGACCCAGUCCUUUAAAUACAUAUAAAUAUUAAUACUAAUAAUACACUAAUACUAUGAUUACAGUAACUAAUGAUUUACAUUGCGCUUUAAAAGUUACCGAAUGUUUACAUCAGUUAAGCUCACAUCAACCCUGUGAAGUAGGUUGCAUUAACAUUCUAUUUCAUAGAAAAGAAGAUGAAGUUCAGUAAGAUUUAAGUGACCUGCCGUGGUUAUGCUGCUAGCAAAUGACCAAAUCAAGACAAACACACACAUUCUGGCUCCAAGUUUCUUGCCCUUUUGCACUGCACCAUUGCAGGUAAUGGAAGAUGAAACCCAGGGGAAGAAGCCUAAGUGCAAGAAAUCCCAAGGGAUUCCAUUACCAGCGCUUUCUUAAUCACAUGUUCUACGUUACAAAGUAUGGAUGACAUAACCAAUUUAGAGAGCAAAAGCAUCAAGAUCAGAUAGUAUGCUGAAUUAACCUUUUAGGGUUUUAAUAAAAAUAUUUAAAGCUAUUUAAAAGUAAAUACUUUAUUGCAUGGAUAUCUGAUAAUUCAAUCUUUAUUAAUCAAGCCAUAGGGUCACACUGAAGCUUCUAGAGCUGUAUUUAAACCCUAUCAUUAGCAAGUAUAUUGCAUGUAUGAGUCUAUAUAUUUAGUUUGAGAUGUGUGUAUAUCUCUGGUAUAAUUUUUAUAUAGUGACUUUGAGGUCGCUCUACAGUCUUAGUCUACAACUGUACAGAUCAUGAAUCUGACUGAAUUUUAUCAUAUUUCAUAGUUUCAACUCGAUCUGAAUGUGAAAUUUUGUGGUGAUAUAUGAACAUUGCUUUCUUAGGCACCAGAGCAAACCAGCUUUAUUUUAUUUCCUUUUUACUUGCCAGCACUUAUUAACAUUUCUUAGCUUCUAAAUUUCUUCACCUCAGCACAUUAGGGGUCAGGUUGAAGCCUUCUGCAGAGAAGCUGUUGAGUAAGUUCAAAUUCCACACAUAGUAUGUAUGUAUGUAUGUGCUACAAAAGUGCAGAAGAGUCUGACCAGAACCAAAGGACUGACUACCAAAGUCCACUCUCCAUAUCCAAUGAAAGAUGGCCAAACCUACGUGACAGUAAAUGAAAAUACAAAAGCUUCACGCAAGGAGGGACUAAUGGAUGCUUUUUGGACUUCUGACCUAUGCAGUAUUAAACAUCACAGGAUAAAAUAUAAUGGAGGACAGUGUUUAGCCAUGUAAUCUGUUUUCUCCUGCUGUCCACCCUUUGGGCAAUAAGGUCAAUUAUUACUAAAGCAAAAUUUCUUUAAGAAACAAAACCAGGGGAUUUUCUAGGCGGAAGAAAAGCAGCUUCCAAAACGGAAUGUUGCAUCUCUGCUAACAGCUGGCUCAGUUAUACACUUCAAAUCCACUCAAAGAGUGCACUUGCUGUUAGAUAGUUCUUAGAUGCAUUACUAAAGAAGGCAUGACUUUUGGGUUGGGUGGCACCAUUUGCGCAAUUUGUAUCUUGCUCAGGGUGGGAACCUUUGUAGCUAAAUGCCUCUAGAAAGAGGUGUCUAUUGGUUUGUUAAGCUGCACUGAAUAAACCUUCUUUUAGAAUCCAUUGUAUAUUUCAACAUUUUGAACCACAACCAGCUCACUAUUUCUUGAGCUGGCACUUAGUAACUUCUAUGGUCGUUUUUUUCAUGAAAGUUGAGAAGGCCUGGCCUUGGCCUUUUGUUUCUUCAUGAGAAGGUGUGACGCUGCCUAUAAAUGUUUCUUACUGUGAAACACUCUGAAUGUGAGGCUGUAGUCAAGGUUAUUUCUGGGGUUUGAUAAUGGCUUGCAUGCUGCUUUCUGGCUUUCUCUGUGUCCAAGUUGAUCAAUACUGCAUCUUAACUAGUGUUUCUCUUCUCUUCCACAGCUUCCCAUUCAUCUCCUAACCUCUAAUCAUCCCAUCCCUCAGCAUAUCGAUAAAGUAUAAAAGUAUUUUCUUAUCAAGUAGGUCCACAGAGAGUGAUAAUUACAGUUCUUGCUAUUUCACACAAACACCUCUUCAUACCUUCAAUGUCUUGGACCUUCUAAAUUGUCUCACGUCUAGAUCAUGGUAUUUGACCUUAGAUUAAUCUAAUGCCUUUGUGCCAGUUGUUUUAUCUUCCUACCAAAAUCAUCGAGUGGCACUGCAGUAUCCACUCACUGCACAAUUUAUUGGAAAGCACAAGAUCAAUCUUGUCUGCAAUUCAUCUUGAACACAAUCAUAUUUAGUACUCAAAAUAAUCAUGAGCUCUUCCCAAUACAGGAACUAUUCCUAAUGCGCUAUAUGUAUCUUUUAUUUUAUAAAACAAAUUGUCAUUCUACUCUCAUAAGAUGUGUAUGAACCAAAGUAGCUAGGAGCAAUGCCUCAAAUAACCCGAAAUGACCUUUUGUUGAUACAAAUUGUAUCUUUUUUUUUCCUGAUUGUAUAGAAAUAAGUGUACAAAACUCACCUUAAACUAGGGUUUGGUACUGAAUUUUCUCCAUGAUGUUUGUGACACUGUGUGUCACAGGGUCACAGGGAAGUAGCCCAGGGGUUAUGAGGGAGCUUUUAUUUCCAAAGGGUAGUGGUGGUUGGUUUAUAGACAUAAUUUUUCGAGGCCUCUUUACUAUUAGGCACAUAGUUGUGUGCACAAUUUCAAGCAUUGCUUAUGUUCUGGAUAGCCUAUUAGAUUUAAUAUGUCCUUAUAAAAGGGGUUUUGUGUAAAAACUAUGUUAAUAAAUCUUCUGCAAGCAUCUAUAAUGCAGCUAUACAACUAUGAAUGCAUAAAUCCAGCUUGUUUCUUAGUUAUUAGAGAAACAUUCUCUUUAUAUUGAGGUCUGCAUACUUCUUUUCCAUUUUGUCUGUAAUUAUAAAACAGCAAAUAACAGAGAGCAUUGGGAUUCCCUUGGCUCCCUAGAAAUGAAAUCAAGCUUACUUCAUGGAGCUUAGCAUGUAUCCUUUAGGAUAUUUGCCUCCAAGCACUCAGCAGGGUUACUGCACACUGUUUUGUGUGGUUUCAAGCAGUACAAUUUGGCAAGAGGUGCUUUGUAAUUUAAAUUCUUUCACUGAUUUUCUGACCUCAUAGCAAGUCUUUGCCUUAGAUUUUGUAGUUUUGUGUUUUUUUUUUCUUUUUGUGACUUUGUUGUUGUUUUCAUUUUGACGUAAGGAGAAAUGGGACCCUGGUGUGGCAUAGUCAAUCCAGGGAACUCUUGCUAUAAAACUGGUCAAAGGAAAAGGAGGCUUUUCAAAGGUAACAUUGAACCAUUGCACUUUCUCUUACAGUGCCAGGUAUGGGAUAGAGAAUGGCAGAUAUGACAGAUGCCUUAUGGAAAUGGUCUAUGAAACUUUUUCUCUUCUAAAUAAGGAAACACAUAGCAUGAUUUUCUUCUCUUCCUGUUUCCCCUGUCUCCCUGCCCCCUGCCAGUUUCUAGAAUACUUCUUUUAAAUUCACUUUUUUCUAUUUUGGGAUAAAUUAUCUUUAUACAGUGAUUCAAUCUUGGUAUCCUUAAACCUUUGUCACUGAGUUUUCUUCUAACAUGGAAGAGUUGAUUUUGAGAGGCACUCAGUUAUUCUAUCUAUACUGUAAGUAAGCGACUUUGUACAAAUGCCCCUUUUGAGGGCUAACAAUUUCAACACAUUUUGUUUUACUCUGUGAGCCAGGUCUGGAUCUGCACAAGAAAAAGUAAUGCUGAACUGUCCAAAGAGCCCUGCUCAGGUCUCCUAACCCUUCUCUGCCCUCCCCUAUGUUUCUCCUCAGAUCUCCUACUGGGGAGUACAGUCUUCAACUGAAAUAGCACUACAGUUAGUUCUCACUGGAAACCAAACCAGUAUAUUUCUGGUACCUGAUUGUCUAAAUUAGUCAAUGCCUUUGCAAAGAUUCAGCAUAUUCAGUAUUGUAUUAUAACUAGCUAUACAUAGGCAGAUUGACUAUUUUUAGUCCUGGUUUGUGUAUCAUUGAGCUAUAGUAGUUUGGUUUAUCCAUUUGUGGGAUUAAACAAUACCGUUUAAUGGUUGUAAACUUUUACAAAACCUCUUUGGGUUUCUUGGUUGACCCAAACAUAAUGUAAGUCUCAAUGACAAAAUACACAAAGCCAACCAGAGGUGAGUGAAAAAUAUCUUUUCCCUAGCUUCAUCUGCCCACGUAAUGAUGCAUGUGCAAUGCUUUGUAAUAUGUUCUCACUAGCAUGAAUGUGCUAUGACUACUUCAUAAAUUUUUGUUUCGCCUAUAAUCGUAAUGGAAAAUGCUGUGUUGUUGACAAUGAACUGUAACAAUUAUUGCAUAAACUAUUUGUUUACUAACUACUGAUGACUCUUUCUUUAAGAAUAU